UCCGCUUGACCGAGAUCAUAUCCAUUGGAACAAUAGCAAUGGCCUGGCUCGAUACCCAUGAAGUCGAAUGCUUCACCAUUGUUGGCGGUGGAACAAAAUAAUGCACAGCUGGCGGGUGAACCAACUACUGACGGAUCGGUGCUGCCACCAAUUGGUGUGGGAGGUGGGGUCAAUGGGAAACCAUUGUAAGUGGAAUCUAUGUAGCAACCCAAUUCCACAUAUUCACCAACUGAAGUAUCGAUGAUUGGGACUUGUGUUGGUGCAGGGAUGGUUGAUCCUGUGGUGGUAGCACUUGAGCUUUCUGCAGUGGAACUCGACAAAAUAGCACUUGAGCUUAUUACAGCAGAUGAUGAGGCGGCAAUAGAGGAUACAGCAGAAGUAGAAGUUGGACCGAAAGAACUUAGCGAACCGCUGGGCGCAGGUGUGGAUUCGGAGCUUAAAGCAGAAGAUGUGACGGGAAUGGAACUCAAAGUUACUGUUGAUUGUGAACCAGAUUCAGUAGAUGAUAUACUUUCUGGGGCUGAGGAUGACGAUACUGGAAUCGUGGAACUGAUGGCGAUAUAACUUGAGCUUGAUGGAAGACCACUUUCGGAGCUUGAAGCCAAUGUCGAAGAUGCGAAUGAAGAUUCAGAGGCAGAGACAAUUGAGCUACCGGAGGCGGUUGCUGAUGCUGAUGCCGAUGCCGAUGAUGAUCCGGAGGUAAUAGAGCUAGCGAAACUUGAUGAUGGCUCAGAAACGAUCGAGGAUGACACCGAUGGGAUCAAAGAACUUAGAACAACAGAACUCGAAGCUGCAGAGGAAAAGCUCGAAGCACUUGUUUCAACAGCAAAGCUUGAUGAAAGCACGGCUGAGCUUGAAAUUACUGGCUCAGAAGAGAAGCUGCUACUAGUGACAGGUAUUGAAGUCGAUGAUGGCUCAGAAACGACCGAGGAUGAUACUGUAGGGAUCAAAGAGCUUAGAAUAACCGAACUCGAAGCUCCAGAGGAAAAGCUCGAAGCACUCGUCUCAACAGCAGAACUUGAUGAAAGGAAGGCCGAGCUUGAAACUACUGGCUCGGAAGAGAAGCUGCUACUAGUGGCGGGUAUAGAAGUCGAUGCCUCAGAAACAGUCGACGACGGUACUGAUGGGAUCAAAGAGGAGGUUGAAAGAACAGAACUGACAGCUCCAGAGGAAAAGCUCAAGACGCUCGUUUCAAUAGCAGAGCUUGAUGAAACAAUGGUCGAGCUUGAAAUUACUGGCUCCGAAGAGAAACUGCUAGUUGCGGCUGGAAUUGACGUCGAAAUUCCGAAAUCUGAGCUGAAAACCGAUGUGAAAACCGCCGAUGAGAGACUUUCCGUACUGCUGACUUCAGAAACUGAGCUAGGGGCUGCGGAUACCAACGUAGAAAGUGAGGCACUGCUUCCUGAGAAGGAAGAUAUCUCAGAUGCAACUGAACUUCCAGCAGAAGAAAUUGCGGAUUGACUACUGGAAAUUGUAGGUACGCUACUGCUGAGAGGGACUGAAUCCGUUGGUACUGCCGAUGAUGAGGAGACCAAAUAACCGGAAGAAGUAGCUACGCUUGAGAAACUGGAUUGCUCGGAAAAGGUAGUAAAGGCUGAUGUCGAUGUUCCCACAGCCGCCGAGGAGGAUGCUGGAGCUGUGGACUGAACGUUACUGCUGGUUUCAACAGUUUCCGAUGAUAAAGUACUACUGACCGAAAUAUAUACUGAAGACACUUGCGAUUCCGAAAUGCUGAAAGUUGAAAGUACCGAUGAUGGGAGUACCAAUGAUGAGAACACCGAUGAUGGAAUUGCCGACGAGGAGAGUACCGAUGAUGACAACACCGAGCUCGAAAUAGUUGGAAGCACACUGGCUUGAGAUGAGACAGAACCAAUGGAUGAGGGAAAGCUUCCAGAACUGAUCGCAGUCGAAGUUGAUGCUGGCAAUCCGCUACUCGAAAGUGAUACUGGAAUACUGCUACUCACAGUCGGAAUCGAAGUCGAUUGACUGGAGAAAAUUGGCUCGGUACUGGUUAUCGAUUCAGAUCCCAAACUAGAUGUAGCAAAAGCCGAAGAUGUUGCGAUACUAGAAGGUGGCACCGUUGGACAAUAACUUGGAACGACAGUGACGGUGACUGUCACCGGAAGUGGACAGUUUUCUUGACGGGGUACAAGAUCCCGAUGUUGAGGAUGACGACCUUCUAAUUUGAUGCUUGCACUUGCAACACCAAAGGUGGCGGCCAAGAAUAAAGAAUCUCUUAACGAACGUGGUGCCAUGAUUGCUUUGAGCAAAACGAGUGAUGCUUAAAGAUUGGCGUGGUCGCAGCUCCAGAAAGAUGGAGGACUUAAAUGUAAAAAGAAGGACAAUUUAUGAUGAGAAUGAAGGAGAGGUAAGAAAUGGAUUAAGGUAGGGAAUAUUGAAAUACUAAAUACCUGGACGUCUAGGCAAAUACUUGAAGCCACCAAGGGGUAAGAAAAAAUUCUUAUGUCUCUCGACAAGAUAGCACGGCAUAAAAGUUGAUUCAGGCCAGCUUGGAGAAUAUGGCUGAAAACUAUCAACCAUAAUUAUGGAAAGAGAUCGCGCAUGUACAAAUUGUGAUUCGAAUAUAGAGGGAAAAGAGAUACAUCGAAUUGAAUGUAGGAGUUUAUAGUGAGACAUACAGCAGUAGUCUAUAGAUAGGUCUCAAAGGUUGAUAAAUCCGGGUAGAAGAUUUCUUUUUUUGCAUCACGCCACCAAUAAAAUAAUACUUGGAAAAUCUU